AGCACCGAGUCUCCGGGCCGUUCUGACAACUCCGCCGGGCUCUGGCUCUAGUUUCCUUCAGCACCACCACCACCACCACCACCUUGUUUUUUUUUCACAAUUCUCUUUUUUGUUUUUAAAAUCUAUCUCUAUCUAUAUAUCUAUAAACAUUCGCCUCGAAUCGCCCGGUCAACCCACCUUGGGCUUUAGGCAACGAUGUCCAAGGUGUUGAAAAAGAAAAGCCACUGGACCAACAAAGUGCACGAAACCGUGCUGUGCAGAAAUAAAGACGGGGAAUUAAACGUGGAGAUCAGAGGCGGCGCCGAAAACGGUCAGUUCUCCUUCCUGGGGGAGAUCAAGCAGAACAGGGUGAUGUACCAGGGCGGGAGGCUGCACGCCGACGAGUUGCUGCUGGAAGUCAACGACACGCCGGUGUCUGGGCUCACGAUCAGAGACGUGUUGGCUGUGAUCCGGCACUGCAAAGAUCCCAUCCGCUUGAAGUGUGUCAAACAAGGGGGCACUGUUGACAAGGACCUUCGUCACUACCUCAAUUUACGGUUCCAAAAAGGGUCGGUGGACCACGAGCUACAGCAAAUCAUCCGCGAUAACCUGUACCUGCGCACGGUGCCAUGCACGACAAGGCCACCUAAGGAGGGAGAGGUUCCCGGCGUUGACUACAAUUUUGUCACCGUGGAUGAAUUUAUGGAACUUGAGAAAAGCGGUUCACUGCUAGAAAGUGGGACUUAUGAAGACAAUUACUAUGGCACUCCAAAACCUUUAGCAGAACCAUCGCCACUGCUGCUAAAUGUGACAGAUCAGAUUCUGCCGGGUGCUCGACCUAGUGCUGAAGGGAAAAGGAAACGAAACAAGUCAGUAAGUAACAUGGAGAAAGCGGGUGUGGCCCCUCCUGAAGAAGAGGAAGAAGAAGAAGAGAGACCUGUUGUCAAUGGAAAUGGAGUUGCAAUAACACCAGAAUCCAGUGAACACGAAGACAAAAGCACUGACGCCUCAGGUGAGAUCUGUUCACAGACUACCGCUGCCCCAAUCUACAGCCAAACAGAGCGGACAAAAGCAGAACCCAAUUCGAAAAAGCCAAUCAAGCCAGAAGAUGGAGAUGAACUGGGACCAUUGCCAGACAACUGGGAGAUGGCAUACACAGAAAAAGGCGAAGUCUAUUUUAUUGAUCACAACACCAAAACAACAUCCUGGCUAGAUCCACGUUUGGCUAAAAAGGCAAAACCCCCAGAAGAAUGCAAAGAUGGUGGAGACAAGCUGCAAUCUGGAAACACAGGACAGAAGCUAGAGCUUCCAUAUGGCUGGGAGAAAAUUGACGAUCCAGUCUAUGGCACCUAUUUUGUUGAUCACAUAAAUCGAAAAACCCAGUUUGAGAAUCCAGUUCUCGAAGCAAAGAAGAAGCUACAGCAACAGCAUUCAAUGCAGCAGGAACUAGUGCCCUGCACUAUCCCAUCGCCUGGUUUCCGAGAAGGCUCAUCAUCAACAUUACCUAGACCCAAACAUACCUGCCCAGGCACUCUGCCUCAGCGGUCUCGCAGUACGAAUGACCUGUCUCAGUUUCGGAGUGGCAGUGCUGGAAUGUACAGGCUGUAUGAAAAGCCACUCUUCACUCGGGAUGUUUCACAGCUGAAGGGGACGUUUCUGACCACCUCGUUGAAGAAGAGCAACAUGGGAUUUGGGUUCACCAUCAUUGGUGGUGAUGAACCUGAUGAGUUUCUACAGGUUAAGAGUGUGAUUCCAGAAGGACCAGCAGCGCUGGAUGGCAAAAUGGAGACAGGUGAUGUGAUUGUCUACAUAAACGACAUCUGUGUUCUUGGGCACACUCACGCUGAAGUUGUAAAAAUUUUCCAAUCUGUCCCAAUUGGCCAAUGUGUCAACCUUGUGCUGUGCCGUGGCUACCCUUUGCCCUUCGAUCCUGAAGACCCAAACAGCAGCAUGGCACCUCCUAUUACAGUAGUGGACCGACAACCAAUUCUAGUUAAUGGGCGGAAUAAUUAUGAUACGUACGUGGACUUUGGCUCUCGGACCUCUCGCUUAGUGCCAGACAUCACCGACCGUCACACACAUUCCUUUCAUCCAAUUUCCACAGAUGGUCAGGUCGAUGGAACUUUACCGGCAGUCCAUGAAGAUAACGUUUCCAUGGCCUCUUCGGGAGUCACUCAGUCUGAAUUCAUGACGGUCACUAUCCUGAAAAGUGCCCAGGGCUUUGGCUUCACCAUAGCAGAUAGUCCCACAGGACAGAGAGUCAAACAGAUCCUGGAUGUGCAAGGAUGCGGUGGACUGAAUGAAGGGGACCUUAUCGUAGAGAUCAACCAGCAGAAUGUGCAGACCCUCGGUCACACGCAGGUGGUGGAGAUCUUGAAGGAGUGUCCAGUUGGACGGGAGACCACUUUGGUCAUUCAGAGGGGAGGUUUUUUCUCGCCCUGGAAAAGUUCAAAACAGAUGUUAGAUAGAUGGGAGAAUCAGGGCAGCCCUCAGGGGAAUGUUCCAUCACAGCCCCUGCCACAGACACUUCCCUUCCCACCCAACGUUCACAGGACUUCAUUCCCUGACUCUUCUGAUGGAUUUGAUCAAAGAAAGCCUGAUCCUUAUGAAGUGUAUGAGAAAUCGAGAGCCAUCUACGAGAGUAGGCAACAAAUGCCACCAAGGACAGCAUAUCGGAUGGAUUCUUCGGGUGCAGAUUACCGUGAGUUAGAUGUCUAUUUACGCAGACAGGAGUCUGGAUUUGGCUUCAGGAUUCUGGGUGGUGAUGAACCUGGCCAACCGAUCCUUAUUGGAGCAAUAAUUUCAAUGGGUGCUGCGGAUCGAGAUGGCCGCUUGCGACCAGGAGAUGAGCUGGUGUAUGUGGACGGAAUCCUAGUAACUGGCAAACCUCACCGUUAUGUGAUAGAUCUGAUGCACAUCGCAGCUCGAACUGGCCACGUUAGUCUGACAGUGCGAAGGAAGGUUUUGUGUCUAGGUGAGCCAUGUCCUGAGAAUGGCCGAAGCCCUGGAUCUGUGUCUACGCAGCACAGCUCUCCAAGAAGCGAUUAUGCUGCUUACCCCACCAGCACACAAGCGCCUGCUAGCAGUUCCUCUCCGGCAGAGAGUUUGCUCAGUCACGGUUUGCAACCAAAUGACGUUGUUAUCCAUCGCAAGGAGAAUGAAGGCUUUGGAUUUGUGAUCAUCAGUUCGUUAAACAGGCCGGAGACGGGAGCAGCAGUCGCCGUGCCUCACAAAAUCGGCCGGAUAAUCGACGGCAGCCCAGCGGAUCGCUGCGGACGGCUCAAAGUAGGCGACCGCAUCCUAGCGGUGAACGGGCAGUCCAUCAUUAACAUGCCUCAUGCAGACAUUGUCAAGUUGAUCAAAGACGCCGGCCUCAGUGUUUCAUUGCGCAUCAUCCCUCAAGAGGAGUUGAGUAGCCCAGCUUCCGCACCAGGCUCAGAGAAACAGAGUCCCAUGGCACAGCAGCAUAGUCCGAUGGCACAACAGAGUCCUCCAGCGCAUCAGAGCCCUGUCGCUCAACACAGUCCUGCAACACAAGCAGCUCCUCUUCAGUUACAAGGACACAAUGGCAGUUACAGGUCAGAGGUGAAAGCAAGGCAGGAUGUUAAACCGGAUAUUAGACAACCACCAUUUUCAGACUACAGACAGCCUCCAGUGGUAGAUUAUCGACAACCACCGACACUGGACUACAGGCACCCGCCUCUAAUAGAUUACAGGCAACCGCCUCCUGACAACCGAACAUAUGCCGUGCCUGAUUACAGGCAACCACAGGAUUUCGAUUAUUUUACGGUUGAUCUGGAGAAAGGCAUGAAAGGGUUUGGAUUCAGCAUUCGUGGAGGCCGAGAAUAUAAGAUGGACCUCUACGUCCUGCGGCUGGCAGAGGAUGGACCUGCAGUCAGAAACGGGAGAAUGAGAGUGGGAGAUCAAAUUAUUGAAAUCAACGGAGAAAACACCAGAGAAAUGACCCACGCCAGGGCUAUAGAGCUCAUCAAAUCCGGAGGGAGGCGAGUGCGUCUCCUCCUCAAAAGGGGCACGGGCCAGGUGCCUGAGUAUGACGACCCCAGCUCCUGGAAUACUUCCUCUGCAGGCUCCCCAAGUCUGUCGGAAAUAGCCACACUCCCUGAUGAAUUGGUACCAUCAUCAUCAUCAUCACAUUCAGUCCCAACCUGUGAUUCCAUUCACCAGCUAUCCCCAGAGCCAUUGUGGGACAUCAGGAAGGAGAGUGAGAUGCUGAGAAGGGAACACGCUACAGAUCACCACGAGAGGAGAUCAGGGGAGAGGAGAGAGAGGUCACAGAGCCCGAGAAAGGUGGACAAAUCGAAGCAGCAUCGAACUUCUAAGAAGAGCUUUACAAAGUUAUCUGAGGAAAAUAGCAGGAAGUCAGAGGGUGGCAGGACCAUCUCUGAGAACAGGGCAACUGGAAGAAAAUAUCUUACAGAGACUGAAUCUGGGGAGGACAAGUUUGAUGAGACGAGCAACGAGAAGCAUAAACCUGGCAAAGCCACGUCCCCAACCUCCAGCAGGGAGAGACCUCCUGGUGUCAAAGGGAACGGUAAGGCUCCAGAUACCACUGAGCGCAAGUUGCUGGAAACACCCACACGCAAGGUCAAAUCAGCAGAUUCAUCCAUUGGCUUACAGACUGGUGAUGUUGGUCAUUUCCACGAAAAUGCCUUAGAACAGGUCACGGAUGACCUUGACGGAGACCCGGGGAGGGUCUCCAGUGAGGAGCAUGCACAUUCGGGUUUUGCUUUUCACAGUAUCAACGCUGUGUCUCGGAAGUCAACCGUCUCACCUGGACCAUGGAAGAUUCCCGGGACCGACAAGUAUCCAAGUGCAUUGAAGUCUGGGGCUGCCACCAUGAGCAGAUAAAAGAACGAGCGCGUUUUUCUUCUCCAGCAUAGGAUAGAUGCCACUUUUGUUUCCUCCUAUCACAUUAUUUAUGUUGUAUUUUUUUAAUUAAUUUCUUUUUAACAGUCACCCAGCCCCUAUAAACUGGAAGUGCUGUGUGCUCUGCAUUAACA